UGGGAGGGGGGGACUUUUCCGAAAAUUUCUCUAUAACAGUCCGUGUUCGUCGCUUUAACCAAGAUAAUAUCAUUACCACACGGAUGAUGGACUCCUCCGACCCUCUAACGCUGCGGCCCUUCAAUAACAGCAAUUUCUCAAAGACGAAAGAAAGGACGCCGUUCUACCAGGUGAUGACCUGUAAAGACUCCAGCCUGCAGAGGAUCAUCCAGGUGGUGCAGAGGGUGGCGCAGAAGAGCUGCAGAAGAGCCUGUCAGCUGUUCUGCUGUCCCCUGGACACUCUGCUCUGUGAGAAGCUCACAGCCUGCCCAGCUCCAAAUCAUCAACCUGAGGAGGAUAAAAAUGCACAAGUCGCACUCCGGAGUCCGCCUUCCACCAUUUUGAUUUUGAACAUCAGCAACUCCACCUUGAUCGACUGCGUCAUCGGAAAUGACACCUAUCCAUCUGCAGUGGCAGAAAGUCAGCCUCUAAUGCAUGAAUCAGAGCUCCACAUGCACGAUCAGGCAAGGUGCGGGUGUAGCUGUGGGGCGGCACAGACCUCUCCUCCUCCUCCUGCUCCUCUUCCAGCACCAGCAGAGCCUCCGAGGAUCAGCAUCCACAGCUCCCAUCUCAACUGUGUCAUCAUCGGCAACAACAACUACAUGCAGGCCGAGCAGUCCGACUAUACUGAAACAAAUGAACCGCAAGUGUGAGUGUGAGGCUUCGGCCGCACAGAGCUGACACACUACACCCUCCAGCAACAUGCUCAUCCCCCCCCCACAAACACACACACUUUUUCUUUUUUUUCACCUUUUGGAUUUGGAUCUGUCCAUUCAGUUUCUAAGUGACUUAAUUGUGUGGUAUGUAAAAUGUCAGAAUAGUAAAAAGGGCCUAAGCUGAUAUAUUCAAACUGUUUUGUCCGAUCAAACAUCCAAAACACAGAGAUAUUCAGUUUAAUAUCAUAAGGGAGUAAAAAAAAAAAAAAAAAAAAAAAGAA